CCUUCCUCCAACUUCCCCGGAGUCCCCAGGUCAAACGUCUCCCAGGACCGCUUUACUGCUGGGUCUGGUUGACUGCAGGAAAACACCGGGGCAGAGAGAGGAGAAGAAGAGAAGGAAGAUGGAGAUGUGAUUUCAUUAAGGGACAGCCCUAACCGUUGCUCUCUCAGUGGGAGGGGCUUAUCAUCUGCGGAGCCUCGACAACGUGAUGAUGCUGACAAGACUGAGAAGAGUCUCUCCAGACCAGAACACCUCAAGAAACACCAUCAGAGACUUACAGGGAAGAAACCUCACCACUGCUGCUUUGACUGUGGAAAGAGUUCUGCUAAACAGAGGGAAUUGGACAUUUACAAGCAGAUUCACACUGGGAGGAAAAUGUACCGCUGCUCUCAGUGUGGGAAGAGUUUUGCUGCAUCUAAAACCUUACAAUCUCAGAGAAUUCAUAGGGAGAGGCCUUACCCCUGCUUUGAUUGUGGGAAGAGCUUCAGUCAAUCAAGGGCCCUGACAACACACCAACGCAUACACACAGGAGAGAAGCCUUACAGCUGUGAUCAGUGUGGGAAGAGCUUCAGGAACUCAGGACACCUGACUAGACAUAAACGCAUACACACAGGAGAGAAGCCUUACAGCUGUGAUCAGUGUGGGAAGAGCUUCCGGAAGUCAGGACACCUGACUAGACACCAACGCAUACACACAAGAGAGAAGCCUUACAGCUGUGAUUGGUGUGGAAAGAGCUUCAAUCAAUCAGGAGAUCUGGCAACACACCAACGCAUACACACAGGAGAGAAGCCUUAUAGCUGUGAUCAGUGUGGGAAGAGCUUCAAGAACUCAGGACACCUGACUAGUCACAAACGCAUACACACAGGAGAGAAGCCUUACAGCUGUGAAGAGUGUGGGAAGAGCUUUGCACUGUCCGGAACUCUGACUACACACAAACGCAUACACAAAGGAGAGAAGCCUUAUAGCUGUGAUCAGUGUGGGAAGAGCUUCAAUCAUUCAGGAUCCCUGAUUACACAUCAAUACAUACACACAGGAGAGAAGCCUUAUAGCUGUGAUCAGUGUGGGAAGAGCUUCAAUCAUUCAGGAAAUCUGACUUCACACCAACGCAUACAUACAGGAGAGAAGCCUUAUAUCUGUAUUCAGUGUGGGAAGAGCUUCAGGAAGUCAGGACACCUGACUGAACACCAGUGCAAACACACAGGAGAGAAGCCUUAUAGCUGUGAUCAGUGUGGGAAGAGCUUCAAUCAAUUAGGAGACCUGACUAAACACCAACGCAUACACACAGGAGAGAAGCCUCAUAGCUGUGAUCAGUGUGGGAAGAGCUUCAAUCAUUCAGGAUCCCUGGUUACACACCAACGCAUACACACAGGAGAGAAGCCUUAUAGCUGUGAUCAAUGUGGGAAGAGCUUCAAUCAAUCAGGAGACCUGACUCUACACCAACGCAUACACACAGGAGAGAAGCCUUAUAGCUGUUAUCAUUGUGGGAAGAGCUUCAGGAACUCAGGACAACUGACUGCACACCAGCGCACACACACAGGUGAGAAGCCUUAUAGCUGUGAUCAGUGUGGGAAGAGCUUCAGUCAAUCAGGAGUCCUGACUAAACACCAACGCAUACACACAGGAGUGAAGCCUUAUAGCUGUGAUCAGUGUGGGAAGAGCUUCAAUCAAUCAGGAUACCUAACUAUACACCAACGAAUACACACAGGAGAGAAGCCUUAUAGCUGUCAUCAGUGUGGGAAGGGUUUGCUCACUUCCACCCUGACUGCACACCAACGUAUACACACAGGAGAGAAGCCUUAUAGCUGUGAUCAGUGUGGGAAGAGCUUCAAUCAAUCAGGAUCCCUAACUAAACACCAACGAAUACACACAGGAGAGAAGCCUUAUAGCUGUGAUCAGUGUGGGAAGAGUUUUGCUCAAGAUUUCGCCCUGACUAUACACCAGCUCUCACACACAGGAGAGAAACCUUAUUCCUGUCUAUGUGGAAAGAGCUUUGCUCAUUCAGGGUCACUGAAAAAACACCAGAAAUCACAAACAUGUUUUCUUUCAUCUCCCUCCUCUCCGGCACCGGUUCCAGAUCCCUAAAAGUUUCAAUAGAAAACAUCUUGUAAAGAGUCAUCCAUUUCCCAUUCUCUAACUAAGUCUGAUUACCAUGGUAACCUGUGUAUCAUAAUAUGCAGCUCUGGAUCCAUAUUUAUCAAGCGUCUUGGAGUAGGAGUCCUGUGUGUGGUGGGGUGGUUCAGAGCUGUAUCUUUUUUCAUCAACUCCUGUUAUCCAUUAAAGAACUGUAUAAUGUAGAAUAAUGUUUCAACAAUACUCUGUGUAUUCAUGUAUUCAAUAGAUUAAUAAUUAAAUCCAUUAUCUGAUCAACGUCUGCUUAUCACAUUACAGACUUUUAAAAUCUAUAAUAAUUCAUUUUUUAUAAGGAG